CGAAAACACCAGAGAUCCAGGAGGCUGCACGUAAAUUCACCACGAGGGAUACAUGUACAAGGUACAGUGUAAGACAAGCAGGGGGGGUCUCUGGUCGUCAUCGCCGUCGCCAUCGCCAUUACAAUCGUCGCAGCGUGGGCUUGAUCAAGUCCGACGCCAGCUUCAAGGGGAUAAAGAACCAGGAAAGAAAAAGGAGAGAGAGAGAGAAGAAAAACAAGCGACACAGCCGGGGCCGCGUUGGCCGUGUCUCAGGAAGGGAGACAGGAGAAGGUUAAAACAUUGUCUUGGUUGCCGCCGCCUUGUUACGUGCAAAUUUAGCCUGCUCUGUCCCAUCCUCCCUCAACCCACGGGAAGAGGACGGGGGGAGACGGUGCAGGACACACGUGUUGAUGAUAAUGUCACCCCAUAACCACCCCUGGAACGUCGUUGGGUUUUGGAACGAAAUCGUCACUUGCACGCCCAUGCUGCUGUGGGAAAGUGAGAGGUCCUAUCCACGGGAACUCUGGAGCACCCAGCGGUAUGGUCGCGAGGCUCGGGAGGUUGCAGGCAAGGUCAGGUACAGUCCUGGGGGUGGCUACGUGCCAACACAUCACACUCUUUUAGGGCGGUGGUUGCCGGCGGCCAUGGUCCGACCCGACUCUGGCGCCACACGACAGGCGCCGCCGCGCCUCAGGUAUGACAGAGCAGCUUUUGUUGCCCAAAGGAAAAAGAAGAGUGAGAAAAUAAGGCAACGAAUAGCCAUGGUGCCUGCGGAGCCAAGCCAGGUCGCUCCGCGCCUCUCAUCGGUGGGGUGGAGGAAGGCUGGCGGCUGCUCAGCCUGGACGCCUGGGCGCCUGGACGGUGCGACGAAUAAAGCUAUUCCCAGCUGA